UUAACGUGUACACGUUUUUCGGGUUGUCUUGUUGACUUUUAUGCAUUUCUUUGAUUUUAUAUUUUAAUGUUUAUUUCUUGUAAUACUCAUCAAUUGGUGCUGGACAUGGAAUAAGUUUGCUCUUGAAUGCUGUGCAAUUUUGCUAAAUCUCCGUACACCUUUCAAACAAGGAAGGUAUCUUUUGUAGAUACACAUAUUGUGAUGUUGUUUAUUUGACAGAUUCAAUGGACGGAAGAGGAGCGUCAAGAUAUUGGUGUCAUCAUUGUUCAAGGAGGGUGAACCCCAUGAUGGAGGUUGAGUUAAAAUGUCCCAUUUGUCAACUAGGAUUUAUUGAAGAAAUGGGAUCAGACACUACUGAGACCCCUUUAGAUUCUGAUUCUGAUUCUGAUCGUGCCCUCUCACUUUGGGCACCAAUCUUGUUAGGCAUGAUGACCAACCCUCGUCGUCGUUCUAGACUUAGGCAUCUCGAAUUUGAAGAUGAUGACGAUGAUGAUCAUACACGUGAAGCCGAUACACAACUUGAUCCAGACCUGGCAUCUAUAAUAAAUAGGCGCAGGAGGAACUCUGCUACAAUUCUCCAGCUCUUGCAAGGUAUUCGAGCUGGAAUGUUGGCUGAGUCGGAGAACCCUAACCCUGAUAAUGAAAACAGGGAGACAGGUAGAGAGAGUAGGGAUCGUGAGCGUGUUAUACUUAUAAAUCCAUUCAAUCAAACCAUCAUUGUACAGGGUUCGGAUAAUAAUUCCAGGAACCAACCUAUUGGCUCAUUGGGUGAUUAUUUCAUUGGUCCUGGUUUAGACGUGUUGCUGCAACAUUUGGCAGAGAAUGAUCCAAAUAGGUAUGGUACUCCACCAGCUCAAAAAGAGGUUGUAGAGGCAUUGCCUGUGGUGACAAUUGAUGAGACAUUGCAGUGUUCUGUCUGUUUGGAAGACUUUGAGAUUGGGACUGAAGCCAAAGAGAUGCCUUGUAAGCACAGGUUUCAUGGUGACUGCAUCUUACCAUGGCUGGAGCUUCAUAGCACAUGUCCAGUCUGUAGGCACCAGUUGCCCUCUGAUGAAUCCAAAGUUGAAUCUGCUGGAACCAAUGAUGGAAGUGGUAGUAACACAAAUGCUCAGAGUAGUAAUGGUAAUGGUAGAAGGUAUGAAGAUGAGGAUACUAGGAAUGAAAACGGUCGCCGGUUUCCAGUGUCACUUCCGUGGCCUUUGAGUGGCUUGUUUUCAUCCCCAAACUCAGGUAGUAAUGGAAAUUCAUCAUCAAUGACGUCUUCUGCAUCAAAUGCGAACUCCAAUGCUCAUAUGCAUGAGGAUUAAAUUUCAUCAUAUUGAGUUUGUGCUCUAUGAUGCAUGGAUUUCCUUUGGCGUUUUGCUUGUGUACAUAGCGUGGUACUUGCUAAAUUAUAGUAUUGCAAACACUGGAUCCUGUCUUGCUUGCCUGCCUGUAUUAUAUAGAGGAUCAUUUUACUUUUGUUAGACUAGAAGCCAACGACUCUCUUCUGUUUGUAUAGAGCUUUAAAUAUGUACACUUUUUGGUCAACUCAACUCUCAAAUCCUUUAAGCUGAUGAAAGGGUUUAUGUCAAAUGUCCUCUGAACCACAAGAAUCAAGAGAAAGCUCUUGGCCUCGUUUCUGAUUUAUCAGCUUUUAAGCUAUAGCAAUGUGCUAUGGUUCAGGCAUUAUUGAUCUUGUUUACAUGCUAUACGAGUCAUGGUAAUGACUUCCUACUUGUCAAGUUAAAUUGCUAGAUCUAAUGAAUUUCUUCGUUGAGGUUGGAUUUCA